GAUCCAAACUUGUCUCGAUCCAGGAGUUGAACGAGAUUCACCUGAGCGAAGCUGCUCCCUUUCGUUUCCUAUCCACUCAAGAAGCAGGUUAAACAUGUCCAAUCUAACAGAUAUUCAAGCAUUUGCGUACCGUGCCGGUGAGCAAAUGACGUGGGGAUAUCCUCCAGGAGCUUCGCUUGUCGAUACGGUUCCAGAAGAUAUGAGGGCAACCAUCCAUCCUCACUGGAACAAGUUUCCUCCGGUCAAUCCGAUGUGGCACUACAUCCUGGGUCUUUCCUACAUAAUCUUGGGAACCAUCUCCAUUUUUGGUAACGGACUGGUUCUUCACCUUUUUUCUAAAACCAAAGAACUGAAAACGCCAGCCAAUAUGUUUGUCGUCAAUCUGGCCUUCUCCGACCUGUGCAUGAUGAUCUCGCAAUUUCCCUGGUUCGUCUACAACAGCUUUAACGGAGGUGUUUGGCUCUUCGGUCCUUUCCUUUGCGAGCUUUACUCUUGCACAGCAUCUGUGUUCGGAUUGGGCAGCAUUACAACCAUGGCUGCAAUUAGUUACGAUCGCUACAACGUAAUCGUCAAUGGAAUGAACGGGCCGCGCAUGACUUACAAAAAAGCUGCAGGCAUCAUCACUUUUUGCUGGUGCUACGCAAUUUUAUGGAGCAUUUUCCCAUUCCUUGGAUGGGGGGCCUUCAUACCUGAAGGCAUCUUGGAUUCAUGCGGUUUUGAUUACCUAACUCGAGACAUUAGGAUUGUAUCCUACACGUGUUGCGUGUUUGUCUCCAACUAUUGCACGCCACUGCUAAUUAUCAGUUACUGUUACUACCAUAUCGUUCAAGCUAUUUUUCAUCACGAGAAAAGUUUGCGUGAGCAAGCGAAGAAGAUGAACGUUACGUCAUUGCGCUCCAAUGUAGACCAGAAUGCCCAGAGCGCUGAGAUUCGUAUCGCCAAAGUUGCCCUGGCAAACAUCGCACUUUGGGUGGGAAUGUGGACCCCCUACGCCACGAUCGUUUUGCAAGGAGCUGUCGGCAAUCAGGAUAACAUUACACCAAUGGUCACUAUUCUACCAGCUUUGAUUUGCAAGUGUGCCUCAAUCGCCAAUCCGAUCGUCUACGCCAUUUCGCAUCCCAAAUAUCGCCUGGCUUUGCAAAAAGAACUACCCUGGUUUUGUAUCAACGAGAAACCCCCAACUGGAACCGAUACUCAGUCAACCGGUUCGGCUGUUACCGCUGCAUCCAGUGACACGGCAACGUAAGCGGAUGAUCUUCUGUAAGCCCCGAUGGAAUUUUUCGCUUCUGACUUGAUCCGCCUCUGAUAAACCCAACCAAUGAAAUUUAAUAUUAUAUACUCUUAAGUUGCUGCUAAAACUCGUCCAUUACGAAACGUAAACCCAAACUGAACACUGCAUACUGUUUCUUUAAGAAAAAUGCUGUUUUCUCACCCAUGUAGUAGCUUUUUACUGUUAUCAAGUUAACGUACUGUGUGUAAUCACAGGGUAGAGACUAUAACAUUCGAUUCCAUUUCCUUUUCACGCAUGAGCAUUGUAACCAGACUGAAAAGCUCAAAAAAAAAAAAAAACAGAAUAAAACAAUUACAGUCAAACUGA